GCAGUGAGCGCCGCCAUCAUACAAGCGCACAUACACCCACAAACUCAAAUGCACCGAGAAUAAAGCAGGCAAAGAGGAACGUCGGUUCUCUUCUCAAUUCAACACUUGUUCAAUUUCAUUGCGUUUGCGAUUCUUUUUAUACAUCAAAUCAAAUAAACAAAUUCAACGCAUCCCAAAACUUAAUUAGUUACCGUACUGUGAUCGCCAAUCAACAAAGAGUAACAAAAGAAACAACAUUUUCAAAAAUCAACAACAAUAAUAAAAGAAACCUGUCCGGCGGAUCAGAGCAAAAUUCGUCAAAACUCAAACGACCUCAAAUGAAAUAAAAAACACAUAAGCAAUACUAUUGUGCAUUAAAAAACCAAACAGGCAAUUUGCUGGGGAAGAAAUAAGAAUUUCGACUCGGCGCUAAAAAAGAGAAGAGAGAGUGUAAAUUAAGAAUCUCACUCUCUGGCUUUCACUCGGACUUUCUCACUGGUACUAAAUUGAGUUGCUUGUAGUGUACUAACUUGGUCGUAACUUGGAAAAUAGAGAUGGUCAUGGAUGCGACACAAUCGCAACAGCCUUCGCCGCAGUCGGUGGGACGCGAGUUUGUGCGUCAGUAUUACACGCUUUUGAAUAAGGCGCCAAAUCAUUUGCAUCGCUUCUACAACAACAACUCAUCGUUUAUACACGGCGAGUCGACAUUGGUGGUGGGACAACGUGAGAUCCACAAUCGCAUCCAGCAAUUGAACUUUAACGAUUGCCAUGCCAAGAUCAGCCAGGUGGAUGCCCAGGCUACACUAGGCAACGGAGUUGUCGUCCAGGUCACCGGUGAACUCUCCAAUGAUGGACAACCGAUGCGUCGCUUCACUCAGACCUUUGUUUUGGCUGCCCAAACGCCCAAGAAGUACUAUGUCCAUAAUGAUAUCUUCCGUUAUCAGGAUCUCUACAUUGAGGACGAACAGGAUGGCGAGUCGCGUUCCGAGAAUGAUGAGGAGCAUGAUGUGCAGGUUCAGGUUGUCGACCAGGCCGUCCAGGUUGUUGGCGAUGCUGCCCAGCCGCCACAGCAGUUGCCCACUCAGGUGGUGCUGCCACAGCCGGUGGUGUCAGUGGCUGCCACAGCAGCUGGAGCUGCCGCUGCCGGCGCCGCUCCGCAGCCGAUCUUUUAUCCGGUGCCAGCAGGAGCUGCGACUGGACGUCCCGUUGCCGUGCUGCCAGCGGCGCCACAAGCAGCAGCUGUGCCGUUGCCAGCGCAGUUCUCCAACCCGCCGCCACCAAUUCAGAAUGGCGUUGUGUCGCACGAUGAGUUGCCCCAACAGCAACAACAACAGCAGCAGCAGCAACAACAACAACAGGCUCCUCCACAGGCUUUGGUGCAAGCGAAUGUGUCGCCUUUGGUGCAGCAGGCACCCAUGUCCAAUGUGGGCAUUGUGCAGCCAGUGCCUGUCCAGGCAGCUGCUCCCUUCCAGCAUGCGCCGCCACAGUUGCUGCCACAACAACAACAGCAGCAGCAGCAGCAACAUCAACAGCAGCAACAUCCACAACAGCAACAUGCACAGCAGCAACAACAACAGCAGGCAACUCAAGUUAUGGCUGAGCAGGAGGAACAAAAUAAUGAGGCAAGCAACAGCAGCAACAGUCACAACAACAAUAACAACAACAUGCAACAGAAGACUCCCACUCCGGUUGAUGACUUCAAGACCAUCCAUGAGCAGCAGCAGCAGGAGAAAUACGAGGCUGCCAAGCAGCAACAGAAUGAACCCAAGACUUAUGCCAAUCUCUUCAAGUCAACAUCAUCAUCGCCCAGUGGAUUUGUCAAUGCCGCGUUGCAGCAACAACAACAGUUGCAACAGCAGCAACAACAGCAGCAGCAACAUUCACAACAACAACAAGCACACAGCAAUGUUUACAACACAUCGGCAACAUCGGGCGGUGGACAGGCCAGUUAUUCCACCACAGCCUCAUCCUCCUACAACAACAACAACAGCAACAACACCAGCAACAACACCAACAAUAACACCAACAACACCAACAACUCACGUCUGGACAAUGGCGGUCCUCUGCCACAGCGCAAUAAUUCAAUCAGGAACAAGGAUUUCGAGCAACGUCGUCCCAGCAAUGCUCAGCAAUUUGGCGACAAUCAGCAGCUCUUUUUGGGCAACAUCCCACAUCACGCCUCUGAGGAUGAACUGCGUCAGCUGUUCUCGCGCUUUGGCACCGUUAUUGAGCUGCGCAUUCUCUCCAAGGCUGGCAGCAAAGUGUUGCCAGGGAUGCGCAGUCCCCUGAACUAUGGCUUUAUCACCUACGAUGAUCCUGAGGCAGUCCAAAAGUGUCUCGCCAACUGCCCUCUUUACUUCCCGGAGAACUCACCCGAUGCCCAGAAACUGAACGUGGAGGAGAAGAAGCCGCGCAUGCGCAAUGACAUGCCACCGCGUCAGCCGAUGGGUGGCAACAACAUGAACAACAUGGGACGCAACAACAUGCGCGCCGGUGGUGGCAACAAUGGACCACGCAUGGGUGGCAACAAUGGCGGUGGCGGCGGAGGUGGAGGUGGCGCCAGUUUUGGCCAACGCAAUGAUAAUCGCAGCGGCGGUGGAAAUCAAUCAAAUGGACCGCUGCGCGGUGCGGGCAAUGGACAAAGCGGUGCUGGAGGCGGCAACUAUGGCAGACGUUAAACAACAACAACAGCAGUAAAUUGAAGUACAGGCUGGCCUGACUAUGCUGCACGCAGGAGGCCGCCAAUAACAUAGAACAACAAGAGCAACAACCCAACGUUCAGUGCAUCGAUUUCUUCCAUAAUGCAAUCAAUUCAAUUACCAGCAACAACAAGCAGAA